GCAUGUCCUCGGCCGAGAGCUCCAGCCGCACGGCGGACAAGUCGCCUCGCCAGCAGGUGGACCGCUUGCUCGUGGGGCUGCGCUGGCGGCGGCUGGAGGAACCACUGGGCUUCAUCAAAGUCCUCCAGUGGCUCUUUGCUAUUUUCGCCUUCGGGUCCUGCGGCUCCUACAGCGGGGAGACAGGAGCCAUGGUUCACUGCAACAACGAAGCCAAGGACGUGAGCGCCAUCCUUGUUUUGUUCGGCUACCCCUUCAGGUUGCACCGGGUCCAGUAUGAGAUGCCUCUCUGUGAUGACGAUUCCACCUCCAAGACCAUGCACCUCAUGGGGGACUUCUCUGCCCCUGCCGAGUUCUUUGUGACCCUUGGCAUCUUUUCCUUCUUCUAUACCAUGGCUGCCCUAGUCCUCUACCUGCGCUUUCACAACCUCUACACGGAGAACAAGCGCUUCCCGCUGGUGGACUUCUGUGUGACUGUCUCCUUCACCUUCUUCUGGCUGGUGGCUGCAGCCGCCUGGGGCAAGGGCCUGACCGAUGUCAAAGGGGCCACAAGGCCAUCCAGUCUGACUGCAGCCAUGUCCGUGUGCCACGGAGAGGACGCAGUGUGCAGCGCCGGAGCCACACCCUCUAUGGGGCUGGCCAACAUGUCCGUGCUCUUUGGCUUUAUCAACUUCUUCUUGUGGGCCGGAAACUGUUGGUUUGUGUUCAAGGAGACCCCAUGGCAUGGACAGGGCCAGGACCAGGGCCAGGGCCCCAACCAGGAGAGCGCAGCUGAACAGGGAGCAGUGGAAAAGCAGUGAACGGUCCCCCGCCUGGCUACUCUCAAACUGGACAGCACCUCUUCAACACCUCGGGCUUCCAGGAACUCCCUCUUUCUCCUCCUCAGACUCCCUUUCCCCAUCAUUUUGGGCUUUGAGCUUCGAGAUGAUGGAUGGCCAGGCAUCAGCUGUCGAUAACCUGGGCAGCCUUCCCACUGGCCGCCCAUCCCCCAUCUUUCUGGAGCCCUGGAUGGGCUCUUGACUACUGCCUGGACUCAGGCAUCUUACUUUGGGAUAUACUUGUGCCCCUGUAGUCUCUGAGAACCAGCCUCUGCUGCAGCCAAGAAGUGGGGCAAGAAAUCAGAGCCCCGAGACUGGUCCUCCCACCAGCCCCCUAUCACCAGUCCAGCCGCAGUAUAGUUAGUGAGGGGAGGGAGGGAGAUUUACCUUGUCUCUGGUCCCUAUACAGAGGACCAAGCAGUGGUUUGGCGAGACUCCUCAAUGGCUGUCAUAUAGUCCUUGAUCUCCAGCCCUCCCACAGCCCCAGGGUUCUCCUCAUUCUCGUCUGUGGUCUCUGUUGGCCUGUGACAUCCACCAUGAUUGAACUGGGGAGGCCCCCUAGCCUAGCCAAGCACCCUUUGUGGGUCCACGUGAGGUCUGGACUCAGUGGGAGCAGAUAGACUGCAAGUAUGUUGCAGUUUCAAGGAAGAAAGUUGCUGGCAGAAUCAGUUUUCUGCCCCCUCAAUCCUCUCUCCCGCUAGGCUGGGCCACUUCCAGUAGUAAGUCUCAACUCUACUCCAUAAACCUUGUUUCCCUCCUUGUCCUCUUGGGCUUGGUCUCAUUUCAUACUUGGGGCACAAGAUGAGAGGCUAGAAAUAUCUCCAUUUCAGGCCCCUUCCCUGGCCUCACCUCUCAGCCCAUCUCCCUUCCCUAGCCUCUUGGAUCUGAGGCAUUGAAGAACCUUUUUUUUUUGGAAGUCUAUCCGGGCCUUCCUUUCAUACCUGCGGGUCCAGAUAGGGGCUUUGGAAGGGUCUGAAGGGCCAUUAGGAGGCUGAGUUAUCCUAGAACCCCAAGACAUGGAUGGAUGAAUCCACUUCUCCUUCACUCUCCACUCAUUCUUCCUCCAGGACCUUCUCUUCUCCUUUUUUCACACUUUCCCCUCUCAUCGUCAUGAAGGACGUGCCUUCUCCUUGGCUUCCCAGUCCUCCCCUGUGCCCUGGUUUGUGCCAGGCUCUGACCGUCCCCAGUCCAGGGCAGGCCAAUGCUGUUGGUGCUUUUUCACUUUGGGACCCACUUCCGUGUUGUCUUUUGGUAUGUCUCCUUCCCCGACACCUCCUUCAGUCCCUCUCUGGGCCCCAAGGCCUGAAAGUGCUAAUUUGGUAGGUGCCAUCUGCCCCCAACCCAGCUCAAAACUCCUCAGUCUACCCUGACAAUAGGACUGUUCAGGGAAGGACGAAGAAGGAAGAAUCCAGCCAUUUUCCAGCCCAGUGACAAUCAGCCCAUGUAGCAUCCCAAAGGUGAACGUGUCCUGUGCCAACCUCUCCUUCAGACUUAGUCAACUCCUUUCAACUUCCUCCCCUCCCUCAAUACCAUCCAGAACAACAUGUGUAUUAUUCGAGUACCCUGGGGCUUAGACCUUUGAGUUUGGACUAUUUGUUUCUUCUUUGGGUAAGAAUUUUCCCCACUUGGCAGGGGAAGUGUGACAUUUACUUCCCCAAAUACUCCAGGGUCCUUCACUAAGGGUUUUACUAUCUUUUUUAAAAUAGAUUUUAAGAAGGCAUCUGAGGAGAGAAGAAAAGCGAUAGGGGCAAGAAUGUCCCUAAGUCUGAAACUCUCUAUCCCAAGUUGUCACUGUCCGUGGUUACUCAAGAACAAAGGGGACAGUUGUGCCUACAGUUCCAGUGACACAGGGUGAAAAGUGGUACCCUUCAUUUUUCUUCAGACCAGUCCCUGUGGGGGUCUAUGAGCAGCUUCUUCUGGAACGUUGAAUCUUGCAUCUGCAUUUAUAAUUCAUUUGAAAUGUGAUGGGUCAUGUGUUCUCAUUCAAGACUGACAUUAACAACUGGCCUGUUGGCUAUGGUAGAGGAGGACUCCCAGCUCAGAGCUCUCUCUGGGGCAGAGAAGGAAGGCUCUUCUUGCUCAAGAGGCUGGCGGAUUCUCAGCCAGAAAAGCCUUGAUUUAGGAUAUUCUUUCUCUCUUCUUCUGGCUACCCUAAGAGGAAAAUACAAGUUCACAGCCAGGCGUGAUGGCACACGCCUUUAAUCCCAGCACUCAGGAGGCAGAGGUAGGAGGAUCUCCAUGGGUUUGAAGCCACCCUGAGAAUACAGUGUGAAUUCUAGGUCAGCCUGGGCUAGAGUGGCACCCUACCUCAAAAAUGAAAAAAGAAAAAAAUUCACCUUAUUACCUCCAGAGGGCUGGGUUGGGUCAAGUGCCAAGGGCAGGGCUGUCCUCAUAGGACUCAUGUCCCCUUCAAACCAGAGCUGGCAUCACCACUUUGCCUAGUGAGGCCUGGAGCAGGAGGAGGUGUCUGGUUUCUCCAGCUGCUACAGAAGACCAACAGGCAGGGCACUUGUCCUUUACCCUGACAGACUCUGACCCUGCCCAAGUGCCCAUGCAGGACCUUUCCUAGAUAUGCGUUUCCCUCAACAUCAGGGUCAUGGGCCUCCUACUUCUGGGAUUGCAGAUCAAGGGUGGGGGAGAAUAUGUUGCAUGUUGUUUUCUGGUGCUUGUUAUGACACAUUUGAAUAAACAGUGCUGCGAGCAUUUGCCAUGAA